AUGACUUCUCAGCACUUCUUUCAAUCCCUGAGCGCCGACGAGACCCUGGAGUCAUCCAGCCUCACAGAGGAUAUAUUCUUCGAUUUCAAUGGCGCUGCCUGUAACGGCAAUCCACCCAUUGUCGACUCCAGCGACGAUCUACCACUGAGCUUCGCCGAGGAAGUAUUCUGUGGCGACUUGGAAGAGCUCCCUCCGCUUGAGCCUUCCAUGAGCCAGAAUAGCUUCUUUGACUCCUUCGCAUCGGAGGACACCUUCAGCAGCUUCCAGAGCGACAUGUCGCUCUGGACUGCCGAGGCUCCCUGUGAAGAGCCUGUUGGCGCUCAGUGUGACUGGCCGUCGUCGCCUCCGACACAGACGUCUGAUCUACCAGUGGUAGACUCAGGCGUCACUACCCCGCCUGUCUCCCAGGCCAUCGAGCCUGCUCGAGUCCAAUCACCAGGGCGACCGAUGGGUGCUAUCGAAGCUUUCUGGGGACCUAUCCUGAGUUCCAGUCCACAGAAGUCCGCUCUUACUCCUUCGACCAAAAAGGAGCCCCUACCAAAGAUAAAGGCCACAAAGGUGAUCAAGCAGAAGACGACACCUAAGAAGAAGACGCCCAAGAAGCGCACCACUCCCACUCAACGCUCUGCAGACCGCUCCAUUAAAGAUCUUUACAACUCAACAUGGGCGAGCCUGUCCGAUGAAGAGAAAGGUCAUCUCCUGCUGCCUCUCCUCCAGGGCAUCGACCCCAACACGGGGAAGAAGAUUGCCGAGGCAGGCGCACUGCUCCCACCACCAGACUACGAGAUCAUUGGCGCCAAUACCCACCUCGACAUCCCUCAGUCUUCGUGUUCGAAUGCGAACACUCUCUCGAGCAGCCCCCCUGCUACUACUGCCCAAGUCUCUGACUCUGUCGUCGAAGUCCCCGAGUACCUUCCAUACAUCACUGACAGAACGUCUCUCGAGAACAUCAAUCUCUAUAUCAUCGCGGCGUUCAACAGGGGCGACGUGGGUGUUACUGACGCGACGGGCGAUUUCGACAUUGACAUCACGGGUACAGUUGGCAAAGGUCUCGGUGGUCCCUGUGGCAAUGGUAUCAUCGGCGGUCCGAUUGAGAUGCCUGCUCACCCCUCCGUCUAUGGAAGCGCUCGCCAGCAGGAGGCACUUGAGCGCAAUGCUAUGCUGCAUGCGCAGGGUCGUCGUCGUUAG